AUGUCUCACCUCAGAUACGCCGCGUACUCCAAGCAUGGCGAGGGAGCCAAAGACGUCGCCAACAUGUCACAGUCUGCCCGUUACCCCCUGAGCGGAGAGGUCAUUACUAUUUCCGGGCAAGGUGGCUGGGACCGCGAGACCAGCAAGGUUUCCGAGGACCUCAAGGAGGAGUAUGAUAGGGCCUUUGACAAUGUUAAUCACGCCCUUAUUGAUAUCGGCGGCAAGGGAAUGUCCCAGGUCUACAAACUCGUCAUCUAUCUCGCUCCGCUGCAGGAUGAGGCUCAAGAGUUUCUGUUUGAGAACUUGAAAAAGUGGUUCCCCGACCAUUCGCCGCUGGUAUCUGUGUUUGGCAUUGAGAAGCUCUCGCUCGAGGGCAUGAGAAUAGAGAUUGAGGCCUGGGCUCACGUCCCCGCUUGA